AGUCGAACGGGUGAACAAAGAGACGACACGGCUUUUCACCUCCGGCUUUCCACCACCGCUCGACAACCACGAAUUUCCCGCCCGCCUCGGCCAGAGCUCCAACCAUACAAUGUUCGCAAUCUGCGGUCGUGCACCGCUCCUUCUCGCAUCUCGCGCCGCCUCGCGCACUCUCGCCCCCACUCCCGCUCUGAGUCGGAACAUCCUCCGACUUCUCCCCCGGACACAGCCAAGCAUCCGCUACUAUGCGCGUCCCCCGCGAUCAACUCGCGCCCACAAAUCCAACAAACCCUCCCCACCACCAACACCACCCAGCGUCGCCGCCGAAUCCAAUAUCACACAGCCAGCCACGGGCGAUCGCUUAAUAGACCGUGUGUGGGCUGCCGGACAACUGAGCCAGCAUGACACGCCACCGGCCAUGUCUUCCGCCCAGCGGCUUCUCCGCCCAACCCUCUUCACUCUCCUCGUUGUCGGCGGCUCAUUGAUUUACGCCUACAAUUGGACGGCACCAGCACCCAGCGAACGCCUGUUCCCGACCGUUCCCCUUGCCUUCUCGACCGUCGCCACGAUCAUGGCUCUGAAUGUCGGCGUGUUCGUGGCCUGGAGGAUCCCACUACCGUUUACCUGGCGCAUCCUCAACCGGUACUUCGUCUCGGUCCCCGCGAUUCCCCACGCCGCCAGUAUGUUAGGCUGCGCCUUCUCGCACCAGUCCUUCUCGCAUCUUGGGUUGAACAUGGUGGUGUUGUACUGCUUCGGCACGAAUCUGUGUGAGCAGAUUGGUGCUGGUCCAUUCAUCGGACUGUAUCUGAGCGGUGGAGUAUUGAGUUCGCUGGCGUCCUUAGCCUACAAUGUGGUCCGGCAGCGGUUCAACGUCGCGUCGCUGGGUGCGAGUGGUGCGAUUGCCACGCUGGUGGGUAUUUACGCGGUGGUGAAUCCGGAUGCCGAGCUAUAUGUCAUCUUCCUGCCUUUCAUAAUGUUUAAGGCGAAGGUUCUCGUUACGUUGCUGGCGAUGGUGGAGACACUGGGUAUUGUAAGAGGUUGGACUAUCGUGGAUCAUGUCGCGCAUUUGUCUGGGCUGGGAUGGGGAGUGGUAAGUGGGUAUGCACUCCUAGCAGAGUACAAGCGGCGACUGGAGAGGAAAAGGAAGGAGUUGGAGGAGAAGAAGUGGCUGGGUUGGUGGUGAUGACAUCAGCUGUGACGUUGGUGACACCUCGGAUCGCGGCUUAAUGGAGGCAACGAUGGUGGAUUACAGAUCCGAUUGAUAG